CUUCGAGAGCAAACACGACGACAACAACGCCUCGGUGCAGACGACACGACACACAGCUGGCGGCGGGUUGCGGAUUCAGUAGGGAUGCUGAUAAUCUAGCGAUCUCUGAAGACACUCCUUGGGUGGCUGCCGUCGCGACCACAUGUCUCGCGCCUCUCCUUCUCUUGGAUAAAAGUGGUGUCAUCAGAACUGUCGAACGAGCCUCUCUGGGGCACUCCUAACCUUCCGCCUCCUAGAAGAUCCUUCUGCUAGAGGGCCUUUCUGCUACGCCUAUCACUGCCGCAUCUGAAGAAAAGUUUCGAAGACUCGCUAGGAGUUUAACGCCGUGUGUUUUAAUCUAUAAACCCUCAAAACAUUUUGACCGCAUGGUUGACAACCUCGAGUGUUCCACCACCUUACAUAGUACAGUGCAGCCCACCUUGUUUGGUCACUUGUGACCUUCAUGCAUUCUUAGGUGAAAUCACUUUAAAGACCUUUUGGCUGAUCAAUAUGGAUUCAUCAAAUUCUACCUUAAAGGCGUUUAUUGCCGGAUCAUGUUCGGGUACCUGUUCAGCUAUCUUAUUCCAGCCAUUAGAUCUUGUUAAGACAAGAUUACAAACCAGUGUGCCUAUUGCCACAAAUUUGGCUGGAGGGAGUUCUACACUGUUAAGGCCAGGCUCAGUUAUAUCGUGUAUGGGUCAUAUACUACAAAAGGAACAGCUAAGUGGCUUGUGGCGAGGUGUAACUCCAUCAAUUGCAAGAUGUGUACCUGGUGUUGGGCUCUAUUUUUCCUCUCUAAAUUUUUUGUCAAGUGAGUUUAUUGAUGGACAACCAGGACCACUGCAAGCAGUUGCUCUUGGCAUUGUAGCACGAUCUUUUAGUGGAGUUUGCUUGAUACCAAUAACAGUUGUCAAGACACGUUAUGAGAGUGGUGUGUAUGCAUACAACAGUAUGGUCCAUGCUGUCAGAAGUAUCUACCAUACCGAAGGCAUUCGAGGUCUAACAUGUGGUCUGGUUCCUACAUUGCUCAGAGAUGCACCCUUCUCUGGAAUCUACCUUAUGUUUUACACUCAAGCAAAAACAAUAGCUACACAUGGGGGACAUGUUGAAAAACACCCUAUUGUAAAUUAUAGUUGUGGUAUUAUUGCUGGGUUACUAGCUUCAGCUGCUACUCAACCUGCUGAUGUUAUCAAAACUAAAAUGCAACUUUAUCCCAAGUCAUUUGCAUCCUUACAUGAUGUCAUAUUUUAUAUCUACCAGAAAUAUGGUCUCUUGGGAUUCUUCAAAGGUUUAUCACCUAGAAUUUUAAGAAGAUCUUUAAUGGCUGCUACAACAUGGACAGUCUAUGAACAAGUGUCCAAAAAACUCAGCUAUUAAAAUUGAAAUAGAUGUGCUAUUGCUGAAAACAAGAAUCGCUCGUAAAUAAGUCAUUUCAUUUUCAAACCCAUAUCAUUAAAAACAAUUGUCAUUUUGACCACAGCACCAGAUCUGAUUUUGUGUGUACUGGUUAAUGUUGAUUGGAUUUCCAUGAUUAGACAACCUUCUAUAGUUUUUCUUCAUUGUACUGUGAAUUACUACCUAUCAGCAAAGUUCACUACAAUUUGGAGCUUUCUUUCAGUAUUGUCAUUCUAGGUGGCUCAGCAAGGCUGUAAUCUUCUAUUUAUCAGAAAGAUACCACUCAAAAUUUAUUUGUUUUAUUUGACCAGUGAUGGAGCACACCACAUAGUAAAGCUACCCUUACCUACUGGAUCUUCAGAGGUUUUUAUUGUAUAACAUUGUACCUGAUAUUUUUUACAAAUUAGUUAGUAAGACAUCCAAGAUGAUAAGUGUGAAAAAUCUGUCACAUAAUUUUAGUAAUGGGAUUAUCUCCCAAGAAAUCUGUAUUUUCAUAUAUUGUGUUUAUCGAAAUAUUGAAUAUUUUUUUAGUUGUUGUUGAAAAAGGCUGUGAGUUAUCGGUACUACUAAUCUGUAUGUUAGACCAAACACAAAUGAUAAAAAUAUGCUAAGUUUCCAAGUAUGUUUUUGUUGUUGUUUUGUUUUUUUUCUUUCUCCAAAAUUUGAAAAUUUGUAUCAGAACUCUUAUGGAACUGUAAGACUGUCACUGCACUGUAAUGAAUGUUCACCAUAUUUAAAAUGAUGUUAAAGCAUUAAUUGCAGCAUUGGAUAAUGGACUAAUGUGUGGAAUUUGUUGGAAUUUUAUAGACUGAAGUGUAAGUUUUGAAAAUAAACAAAAGUAAUGCAAAAAUAAACAA